AUGUCUCAUCAGACUGGUAUUCAAGCUAAUGCAGAAUUAAAGAAAUACUUCACUAAGUGCAGGGAUGGCAAAAUUCGUGUUCUGAAAGUCAGCAUUGACAAUGAACAGCUGACACUAUCCAAAUACCAGCAGGUGAAAGGUUCUUGGGAGCAUGACUUUGAUAAAUAUGUACCCCCUUUAGUUGUAGAUGAUCUUCCUUGCUACAUUUUAUACAGGUUUGAUUCAACAAAUUCCGUCGGUCAUGAGUGGUUGCUCCUUAGCUGGUCUCCAGACAGUGCUCCAGUCAGACAAAAGAUGUUGUAUGCAUCAACGAAGGCCACACUAAAACAAGAGUUUGGAACAGCUCAUAUAAAAGAUGAAAUGCAUGCCACCAGCAAGGAUGAAGUCUGCCUUAAAGGAUACAAAGCACAUUUGAGUGGUGUAAAUGCACCAGCACCACUCACUGAUAGGGAAGAAGCCUUGAAAGAACUCCAACACAAUGACCAUAACCCUAAUUAUGGCACAGAUUCAAGACAGUCAACAAUGGGUGGAGUUGCAUUCCCUAUCACAGAAGCAGCAAAACAAGGCAUUAUUGAUCUUCAACGUGGUUCCUACAAUUAUUUACAAUUUAAAAUAG